AUGAUGGCAUAUGCGCCGACAACACGGGCACUGACAGUGACGAAUGUGUCAGUGUUGUUGCGCGACGCCUCAAAAAACCGACUGACCGACGUAAAAGUGAAAUCUUCGUUGAUAUUAACAGGGGGAGUAGUACCACCUUGUACUGACAUUGUUAAUAAUGCACCUUUAGUGGGAACCGUAGAUCUGGAUAAAACAGUCACCGUUCCAAAUAGUCCCAGUGUUAUGAGGGAUGAAAAAUGGACUACGGAACGUAGGAAACGAAACGAAAAGAAAAAAGCUGUAAGCAGUACACAGGCAGUUAGUAACUCACUGGUGGACUCAAAUUGUGAGCCACAAAUUGCAAUACCAAGAUCUGAUCGUAAGAGUGAAACCUAUCCUGGCGUAACUGAGAAGAAAAAUCUAAUAACAUCGAAUAUUAUUGUGAGCGAAUUGCGGGAGUCAAAUGACCCUGAUCCGAAAAUUAGACACGCGCAUGACUUAGAAAAGCUAGGAGAAUACAUUCGUAGUAUUUUACCAGAUAACUCCAAAGGAGUUCAGGUUAAAAAGUUGGUAAGAAUAGGCAAGGGAACCGACGACAAUGUUGAACCCCGUCCAUGCAGACUCCUUAAGGUAAUCCUAGGAUCGGAGAAGCAACGGGAUCUCUUGUUAAGUAGCGCUCGUUGUCACGACAAUUCUGACAUCCGAGUUAGACAUGACAUAUCUCUCGAAGAUAGAAUAAAAAGGAAGAAAGCACUAGCUGAGCUUGAAACCCGUCAACAAAACGGCGAGGAAAAUCUCCGGCUAGUGGGUUUUCGGAUAGUCAGGUCUUGGAAGCGAAUGCUACCAAGGCCUGUGUGGAUAGGCUGUUCUACCUAG